CCAGCUGAAACAGAGGAGCUCCAGGGCAGAGCCAUGGUGGUGAAGAAGAAGACAGCCAAAGUAGAAGCUGUAGUUUUAGAGGAGGACAAACUACACAAGCUGAUAGCGUCCCUCUCUGUGGAUGGAGGAGAGGAUGGAGUCAGGCAGGUUGCCCAGACCCUGCAGUCCUGCUUGGAGCUGACGGAGCCGGUGCAGCAGAUCCAGCUGGUUAAAAAGGCAGGGUCUCAGCUGGAGGCUCUGCGUGAAGAGGAACCUGAUGGAGCUCUUCUGGAGGCCUGUCUUCACACCCUGUCUCUGGUCUACACCUCCCUGCAGGCCAAGAACCCCCUACGACGAGCUAUUGCCAGUGCCUUAGGUUCAGUACCACCCUGGCUACAAGAGCGCACUGUACACAGUUUGUCCACCUGCUUGUCCAACUGUCUGUCCAACCCACCUUCAGACCAGUAUCCACACAUCGUAGACACCAUCACUGCCUGUCUGGAUGGCUUCACUCUCGGUGAGAGAUGCAUUAACAGACUGCUGCCUGAAGUGUUGCAGUUCCUUCACAAGGGAUUGAGUGAAUACCUUCACCAGAACAGUGGUCUAGCAGGACGUCACAUUGCCCAGGCCCAGCUGAUGCAGUCCUGUCUGGCUGCAGUAAAGACCUCCAUGCUGGUGAUUCAGAGAUCCCAAGAGACCAUCAGUGCUGCCCUGCAGGCUGAACAGAAUCAUUGCAAGCUGGAGGACACACUGAGCAGCCUCCUGGGCUGCUACACACGCAUCCUCACUGAUGAGGAGUUUAUCCAGUCAGUGCAGAGUACAGCCGGCAUGGCGGUGGUGUUAUUGAUCAGGUCUGUCAUGGGUUGUGGAGAUGAAGUUGCUUCUGUGGUGUGUAGUUUGCUGCGCAGCUUAGUGCAGGGUUUGGACUCAGCCCCGCGGUGGCUAAAGAAGCAGUGUGAGGAUUUGUGCACCGGCGCUCGCCCACCGGGUGUCUCUCUCUACCUGUGUCAUGGGGCUCUGGCCAUGUUGAGCUGGAAGGGUGCUCUCCCAGGACCACAGUGGGAACAGCUGCUGCUGUUGGUCCCAAACACACUGCUGGAUCUAGAUGUCAGUAUAAAGGAGUCCAGUACGGCCAUGGUGGUGGCUCGGGUGCUGACCCUGUGGAGCAGUGCAGCUCUGGACUGCCUGCAGGGCGAGAAGCAGCCCUGCCCUCCCCGUCUUCAGCAGUCUCUCAGCGGAGGCUCAGAGUUACAGCGACACCUGCUGGAGCACAUCUACUCUCACUGGGAGCACCCACUAGACGGAGUCCGUCACCAAACCCGCUCCCUGUUCCGCAACCUCCUCCUCCUCCAUCAGCACACCAACCCGUCCAUCUCUGACCCAACCAAAGACCCGUACAUAACAGAGCUCACCCAAAGCCUGCUGGGACUGGAGUGGCACAUGAGGGGGAAGUACGGCUCUUUGGGCUGCCUCGUGGAGCUCUACGGGGCAGGGUACCUGCUUGACAUCCAGCCUCAGCUGCCCUCUUCUCUCCUGGGCCUGAUGGGUGAUCAGACCCUGGCUCCUUAUGCUAGUGACCUCCUGGAGAGGCUGUUUGUCAGCCACAAGGCACAGCUGGCCAGUGAGGCUGGUGCAGCCACAGAGGACUGGAUGCAGCAUUGGCACCAGACGUGGGUGACCCCGUUGCUGCAGGUGCUUUGCCGAGCCAGACUGGACCAGACCACGUACAUCCUGGACUAUUUCCUGCCCAAGCUGCUCCGCUGCAGCCCCUCUAGUCUGGCGCACAUGGUGCAGGCCCUGCAGGACGCACCGCCAUGCAGCACAGGUCCUUCAGGCAGCAGGGGUGCACUGGGAGCUCUCAUGACGUGCCUGCGGGCAGCCAGGGCCCAGGGUGUUGUUCCAUCCUCAAAGGAGGGUCUGUGGGGAGGACUGGUCCCCCUCUCUCUUCUCCAACAAGCACUGGUACACAAACAUGAUCAAGUGAGGAUGGAUGCUUUGGGCUUAGUGUGUGAGAGCCACCGCAGCACCGAAGUUCUGACCUCACAGGAAAUGGACCUGAUCCGCCACUUCCUGCAGCCUAAUCUCAACAGUCAGUCACCGGGUGUCAGACAGCAGACAGUGAGCCUGCUGAAGAAGUUGUUUUGUAGAAUGAAGGACAGCACUGUGCUGCUGCAGAAGAGACUGAUGCAGGACAGAGACCAGGAGCAGAGAGACAGAGACCAACAAACACUACACCUCUACAAGGAGUUUUUGCGCUGGCUGUGUGUGAAGCUGCUGGAGGUUUUGCUGCCUGGAGCUUCCUUCUCUAAAUGCAUUAUGUCCCUCCACCUGCUGUGUCUGCUGGGCGAGCUCUUCACCUUCAGCACUGGAGCUGAUGUUUUUGCUCUCGGUGAAGUUGUGACCUCCGCCCAUGCUCAGAAUGUCCUUUACUGUGUUGCCAGCAACUUCCUGGAAGUCAAACAACUGGCGUCAACGUUACUACGGCAACUCCCACCAUUAGCUGUGGGACUACAGGUGCCGGAGAGGAUGCGCUGUGUCCUUCAGGCUGCUCUGGACCUCAGUACCAGCACCAAGCCUUUUGACAGCGUCACAGCAGCCCACCUCCUCAACCUCCUGCUCCACCAGCAUGACCUGGGCCAGGCUCUGCUGUAUUGUGCCCAGGAACAGGGCCUCGAUUUCCAGCCUCUGUCAUCACCAUCUCAUGCUUCUGAGACCCUCAUCUUGGAGCUCAACACCCUGGCUGUGGUUCAGUUCUUGCUGCACUGUCUGCAGUUAGAGGUGUCGAGGGCCGAGUCAUCUCUCUUGCAGGCGGCUGCGUCCUAUCCCCUCUAUGGCAGAGCUCACUGCAUCACUGCUGUCCUGCAGCAUCUGAACACUGAGAGUUUAAAGCAGAAUGAGCAGUGGAGACAUCUGGUGUCAGACCUGAUCGCUGUGUGCUACAGGAUGUCUGAUGUGGUCUCCCCUGUUGUCCAGAGCUCCUCCCCAGAAGGGCUCAUCCCCAUGGAUACUGACUCAGAGACGUCAGCAGGUCUGCAGAGGAUCCUGCAAGAGAUUCAGCCCAGGGACACCAAUGACUUCUUCACAAGUGCCAGAGAGCUGGACACACACCACGGAGAUGAUCACACAAAGUCUCAGAGCACACACACACCGUCACCGAAUACAGGCAGCGAGAGCUACAGGGUGACAGCCCAGAUGGUGCUGGUAUGUUGCUGGCGGAGCAUGAAGGAGGUGGCCAUGCUGCUCGGACAGCUGUGUCAGAGCCUGCCUCUGCACUACACCAAUGACAUGCACACACACUCUGGACUCAUCACAGAAGAGCAGGUGGAGGGGGUAGGCCUGUACUUCCGUCAGCAGCUCCUGCAGUCCCGUCAUCGUGGCGCCUUUGAACUGGCUUAUGUGGGCUUUGUACGCCUCACUGACAUGCUGUGCAGGAGUGGAAGUCAGGCCCUGCAGCAGCUUCCGGCCCGCUGGCUUUCUGAGGUUCUGGAGGAGGUCAAAUCCAGUGAUCCAUCGUCCAAGCUGUGUGCCACACGACGCAGCGCUGGAAUACCUUUCUACAUCCAGGCUCUGCUCUCCUCUGAGCCCAAGUCGUCCAGUUGCAGCCUGUUGAAAAUGACCAUGAGAGAACUGAUCGCUUUGGCCAUGCCAUCUGCUGACAGGAACACUGACAGCUCCACCGUCCCGCAGGUCCAUGCUCUGAACAUCCUCAGGGCUCUGUACAGGGACACUCGUCUGGGGGAAAACAUCAUCCCCUUUGUCUCAGAUGGAAUGCAGGCUGCUGUGCUCGGCUUCACCUCUCCUGUUUGGGCGGUGAGGAACUCCUCCACUCUUCUCUUCAGCACUCUGAUCACAAGGAUCUUUGGGGUGAAGAAGGGGAAGGAUGAGCACUCGAAAAAGAACAGGAUGACCGGCCGAGAGUUUUUCACUCGUUUUCCAGCUCUCUAUCCGUUCCUCCUGAACCAGCUGGAGGAGGCUGCAGCCACGGUGGAAAGUGACAGUGGUCAGGUGAAGCUUCACCCCAGUCUGUUCCUGCUGCUGCUGGUGCUCAGUCGACUCUACCCUUCUCCCAUGGAUGGAUCUUCUUCACCGCUGGGACUCGCUCCUUUCAUGCCCUUCAUCAUUAGAUGUGGUCGCUCAGCAGUCUAUCGCACCAGAGAAAUGGCGGCUCGGGCCCUCGUCCCCUUUGUGCUGGUCACCCAGGUCCCAUCCACCGUCCACAUGCUACUACAGGAGCUUCCCGCAGAGCCCGGACCUGAGAUCCAACACAACCACAUCCACGGGACUCUGUUGCAGGUCCUGUUUCUGCUGCGCUCGUACCAGACUGACUCACACAGACCCCUGCCAGCAGGAAAUGGCAUCACCGAAGGCCUCCGUCAGCGCAUGUGGCUCGCUUCACGACAAAAUAGCUGUGUGGUGACCAGAGGAGCCUUUCUGGAUGUGUUAGUGUGUCUGUGUGGGCCAAAGAUCAGUCUUCUGCAUGAUUCAGAGGUCAGUGAUCUCCGUCAGGAAGCUCUGUCCAUCCUGAUGGCCUCAGACCUCAUCAACCCCGACGCUUCCUCCAGCACCCUUGGGCCCGGCAGCACCCAGUACCUGCUCAGCCUGACCCGGGUGGCCCUGAGUGCCAGCGUGGAGAUCCCUGAGCUGUGGGGGGGCCCUCAGCUCAUGAGCCAGCUCCCGCAGUGUCUCCUGCAGUGCCCACAGUACGAGGUGAGGGAGCUGGCUCUAGAGGGGGUGCUUACGAGGCUACAGGAGGACGAGGAGGAGGAGAGGAGUACACAAUGGCUGGACGAGACCACCCUGUCUAAACUGACCAGCCUGGCUCUGCAUGAAACACACCCCCAGUGUCUGGCCAAGGUGCUCACCUUGUUGUGUGUGUUGAGCUCCAGCGGUGAGCUCCAGUGGAGGGAUGGUGUGAAGAUUUUGUCUCAAGAGGAGGUCCUGCUGCACCUUCUCGCUUUGGCUCAGAAUUCUGCUCACAGUGUGGAGCUCCACUGCGCUGCCCUGACUCUGGUCUCUCAACUGGUGGUUCAGCUGGUGAACUCUAACCCUCAGGGUGUGAGCACAGUGGCAUGUUUGGCUCAGUGGGGGGCGCUGGUCUGCUCAUGCUGCAGUGAGGAGCAGCCAGCGGAGGUGAAGCUGAUGGCUGCCAAGGUGUUGGUCAGUUGUGCAGGGACUGUGCUGACCAGCUCCCAUCUGCCACUGGGUCUGUCCACAACAGUUUCUCUGUGGAGGAGUCUGUUCACGCUGCUGCAGGAUGAAGACCAGGAUGUCAGAGAUUCAGCCUCUGACUUCAUCUCUAAUGUACCAGCUCCUCUGCUCAGCGCAGAUGUGACAGGUGUGUCCGUGUGUCCUCCGGUGGCCCUGGACGCAGGCGUGGAGCUCCUGUGUCGGCUCUUUGAGCUGUGGGGGCAGGUACCAGCGGGUGUCCUCGCUCUGACAGAGUGGCUGCUGGGAAAUGAGGAAGAAGCCAGCAAUGAAGUGGAUGAAGAUGAAGCUUCCAGUGUGGAUGAAGACGACUUCCUAUUCGAGAAGGGGGAUCUGAACCUGUGGGCCGAGCCGGUGCAGUGGGUGAAGCUCCUUCACAGACAUGUUGGCUCUCUCAUCUUGACCUUCAAGCAGACCCAGGCUGCAGGAACCACAGGGCCGGACCAGGUCCACCAGAUCCACACAUUGUCAACUCAGGCCCAGGCCAAGGCCCUCAGCUCCCAGCAGGCCCUGGACUCCCUCCCCACCCUGCCCCAGUUCUGCUUCACCAUGGAGCACGCCCGGCUGGUGCUGCGGCACCAGAGGGCCACUCUGGCUCUGGAUGUGCUGGACAGGCUGAAGUAGAAGAGUUUGUGGUCUUUGGUUUUUUCAUUUUAGGAAAACUUUGUUUUAAAUCAAAGUUUCUGAUAAUGUACGGAAAAUGUUUUUAGAAAUACAACUCAAUAACCAACGCAUGAGACCACAGACCGGUUUUGUGGUCUUUUUACUAUCAAGGGAAUGAAGGUAAGAGUUGGAUUUUUGUACUUUAUUUGUCUCAUACUUUGUCUUACAAAUGUUGAUUAUCAGAUGUUUUAAUUUUGAUGGUUAUUGUUCCUUGAUGUCUU